CCCUCCGUUAUUCGCUGUAAGUCUCCCAAAUUUCUCGCUGCACGAUCGAUCAGGGUUUUUGAUUUGGGCAAUCAAUUGAAAUUCGAAGAGUAGAAGAUGAUCGAGGUGGUACUAAACGACCGUCUGGGAAAGAAGGUGAAGGUGAAGUGCAACGAGGAUGACACCAUCGGCGACCUGAAGAAGCUGGUGGCGGCUCAGACGGGCACCCGCUCCGACAAGAUUCGGAUCCAGAAGUGGUACAACGUCUACAAGGAUCACAUCACUCUCAAGGACUACGAGAUUCAUGACGGCAUGGGCCUCGAGCUCUACUACAACUGAAGGUGUUCUGGUCUUAUUACAACGCACUGGCGGUGGGAUUGGCGUUUAGUCUCUAUAAGAAGUGGCUGUAUGUAUUUCAAAGUGUAGAAUGGUGUAGAGUCUUGUGUUUCCUAAAGCUAUUUGGCUACAUACAUACAAGUAUUAACUGCAUAUACAUUUGUGUAACUGUGUUGCCAUACAUUCAGUCUCAGUAAUCAGUAAUGAUGGUUUGCGAUUGUGAUACUGUGAACCAGUAUAUAUAUAUAUAAAUAUUUAUGGGUGAA